AUGCCAUGUACUACUCAAGAAGAAGCCGCGACUGCAUAUGACAUGGCAGCCGUGAAGUAUCGUGGGCCAAAUGCAGUCACUAAUUUUGACCUAAGCCGUUAUGCCGCGUGGCUCGAGCCUCUCCAAGAUAACAACAACAACAACAACAACGUUAUAACCUCAGAGGCCAAUAUCGACAUUAACGACACCACACAAAAUCCUGGUCAAGAUGUGGGGUUGACUUUCUUUAGCGACCAGUCAGAAAGUCCAACCGUAACCGAAAACACUGCCCCGUCACCAAAUUUCAUAGAUGGUGAUGCCACAUCAUCGUCCCUCGGCAUUUUUAUAAAAUCCUCGAGGUUUAAGGAGAUUAUGGACCAAACCUCGGUUUCUGAUAAGAGCCCGUCUAGCAACUCUGAGCCCGAACCCGAACUUGAGCCCGAGACUGGGGCUAUAAGGAGUAGUUUCCCGGAUGAUAUUCAAACAUCGUUCGAUUUUCAAGAUUCGAGCAGCUUUGCAGACGAGCACGACAUUAUCUUUGGUAACUAUGAUUCUUUUGUGUCGUCUGUAUUAGAAUAUGAGAUCGACGCUUGA